AUGCCAGACGCAGCGCAGAUCAACCGCUCCAUCAGUACUAUCAGGACGGAACUAGAGUAUCUCGUCUCAAGUGGUGUUUUGGCCCCGCCGCAGUUGCAGUCCAUUCAGGCGCAGUUACCUCAACCAAACGGCCAACCCUCCCAAUACAUCGAUCCCAAGUACGUAGAUGGCGGAAACCAGUUCAACCCCGCGUUAGUCGCGCAACAAGCGCAGGAUCCGGCGCAUCCGGCGAAUCCGAAUCAUCCAAAGACCAUGAGUUUGAAAGGCAAGAAAGAGAAGAGGGAAAAAGUCUGCAAGUGA